AGCGGCCGUCGGCCGCUGCCAGGGGCCUCGCCGCGCGCCCCGCCCCGCGGGGCCCGCCAUGGACGCCGCCUCGUGGCUGUCGUCGCUGGCCGCGCCCGCGGAGGACCCUGCGCCGGAGCAGCCCGCCGAGGCUGCCGGGGGCGGCCACUCGGAGGAGCAAAAGGCGACUGAGGCGGUGGUCACCGAAGAUGCUCUGGAGUCUCCUGAGGAGGCGCUCGUCGCCCUGGGUUUCGCCCGGCCCGCGGUGGUCGCCGCCCUCGAGGCGGCCGGCGGCAGCCAGGAGGAGGCACUGGCGGCGCUCGCCGCCUCGGAGGGACCAGCUGCGAAGCGCAGGCGCUCUGCAGAGGCCGACGCGGGCGCCGGCGGCGCCGACGCGGACCUCAUCGAGGUCGACGGGGUGCAGUGCAAGCUGACCAGAGCCGGGGAGC